UCACACAGGCUCACACACAGAGCUCUCAGCUCGGCUCAGCAGCUCUGACUACCGCAGAUGAUGCUUCAGUGCGACUUCACAUGAGAUUACUGCAGGACUGAGCAGAGUUGUGGCUCUGCAGCUGAUGGGCUUCUCUUCUUUCUAUCUUUAUCCCACUUUUAUUCGGACACUGGGAAGUUAUAAAUAGCUUAACACACACUGUUGGGAGGCAAAUUAAUGGAGUCGACUCGGAGGGGAUUUCCCUAGGCUACAUUUACACCAAUGGAUCUGCUCACAAGUUCUGAAUGGGCCAAACUGUGUUUGGCACAUUAAUUUUCACACAUCUUUUUUGUGAAAUCAUUUUUGCAAGAACAUCAACACUUAAGAGCUUACGGUUUUUUGGGGGGAUUUUCACUGGAAACAAAGGAUGUGCUCUAUAGUCGUGCUUCAUCAGUGGAGUCUGGCUGUGUUCUUGCUGUGCUCUCCGGUGACUCUCGAUGGGAGACCAGUUGAUGCACUUAGUAGCAGAAUGAAGAGGUCAGUAGGCCAUGCCCAGCUGAUGCAUGAUAAGGGCCGCACCAUACAUGAGUACACGCGCCGCAUGUGGCUACACGAGCUGCUGGAGGAGGUGCACACGGCUGAUGAUCGUGCUCCACCUGCACAAAGCAGAACCUCGAGCCAAAGCUUCAGUGGAAACCACCAGAAGCCCUCGGGGGCCACCAAAGAUCUCUCUGACAGGUUCAGGCAGGACAGAGUGGGCCCUAACCUCCCUCAGGAGACCAACAAAGCUCAGGCUUAUAAGGAGUCACUUAAAGUUGCCACCAAGAGGAAAAAAAAGGUGAGGCUGGGCCGGCGUAGAGAAAACGAUAAGAAGAGGAGGCGAGCACGGUCUGUUCUAACAAAGGCGCCACCACGGAUGGCUAUCUAAAAGCAAAAAAUUAAAAAAACAGUACCCUUUAUGUACUGCACUAAGACACUGACGCAGGCUGACUGAUGCCUGACAGACUAACGAUGCCAGACUCAGUCACUUUAUAUCUUAACCCUGAGUUUGUGCUUGUAUAUUAAUAUUUGGCUUUGUUGUUUGUAUUUUUGCUGUAAAACAAUCUCACACUUCAUUUUAGUUUCAUGGUAACACCUGCUUAGGUCCAUAUUUAUUUGGAAAAUCUUUACAACUCUGCAGCCCUGAUAUACUUCCAAGCAGUGAUAUGUUUUGUAGUUUCAGAUGUAUGCAAGAGCACGGGAGGAAGUAUUUAUUUCCUAUACAUGAUAACUUCUACAAAUAAUGCGAUGCUGGGCACCCUGCUUUUUGUUUGGCUCUGAGUGCUGACCGUUACGGACUUACACACAACAAACUGGUCAAUGAAUACAUCAGUUCAUAAUUUAUUGUACUUUAAAAUGUAUAUUUAUUUUGUGAAUGUAUUUCAGUGCUGCUGACUAAAUCCCAUAAUGCACUUUAGCUAUAUCCUGUAUAUGUUCUUUUGUGGUUGAGAUUAUGGUUUAGUAAUUUUUUUUUCUAUGAUGGUCCUGCUUUUCUUUCACACCUUAGAUAACUCAGCGUACGCUUCAUUAAACCCACUUCAAUCACUUAACAUUGGAUUUUUCUUUUACAUUAAGCCAGAAUCAUCUACUGGAUAAUGUUCUGCACGUGCACUGAGGGCAUACUGUAUAAUU